AUGAACAAAAUUGGCCUUGCAGCCAUCAACUAUGAUGCCAGUCCUGACAGCACAACCAGUGGGUUUCCCCAGCCAGGACAACUGUCUGUGCUACGUAAAGAGAGCAAAGGUGGUUACAGUGACAGUGAGGAGGAAGGAGAAGAUGCAUCAGGAACACCAAUGUUUGGGGGCAGUAUGCAGUCUUUGACCAGCAUAUCAUCAGUAGACAGUUCCUCGUCAUAUGUGUCCUCAGUCUCCAGACGUCCACAUGUAAACAAUGGCCAAGUAUUUAAAAAAUUAUCAUUACAUUUUUCUUCAGAGGUUCUUCGUCAUAUGAUUGAUUCCAUACAUCACCUGGACUUGACAAUUGAUGGCAAGGAUAAAACACAGCAGCGACAGAGUCGAUGUACGGUCACCCAGAAACUGCCAGGUGAUAUCAAUCGAGCAGAGGUUGGACAAGUUGAGAAAACUGCAAAAGAGUUGGAGCUGCAAGAGAUUGAAAGUUUGCUGAAAAAGCCAGUAUCAGUGGAUGAACUGUACAGAUUUGUGGAGACCCAUAACCUGCAACCCCAACACAUGCAGACAUAUUUGUGA